GAAAUCCAAGCUUCCGCCGACUUGGCAUCGUUCCAUGGCAACAAGCUGCAAGUACGGAUCCUAUCGCUGACUAGAAGCCUUUAGUGAAUGGCACCUAGUCGGAAUGGGCGUAGAAUUGUUGACAACUGAAGCGUAUAAAAGAUGGGCCACGACUUGGACAAUAGUCACCACAGGUCUACCCUAUUGCCAUGUUCACUGCAUUGCUUCACUCUUUCUUGUAUGCAUUCUGUCUCUCAGCAGCUGUCGCUUCAGCUGCGCCAGGACUGUCUCUCUCCCUGUCCGGUGCUGAUUCUGUGGUUGAUGUCGAGAACCUUUCCGUUUCAGCCACCCUCACCAACACUGGUGACACGACUAUGAAGAUUCUCAAGGAUCCUUCUAGUAUCUUGUCGCCAACAUUUUCGACCAACACCUUCGCUAUCGACAGCGCCUCAGGUUCCCCGUCUUUCGUCGGUGUGAAGGUCAAAUACAAUCCUUUCUACGUCGUGAAAAAGAAUCGAGAAGAGUCUUUCAUCGUUCUUUCCCCGGGUGAAGCUGUCACCGUCGAUCAUGCCUUGGCCAACGCGUACAAUUUUACUAGAUCUGGGGAGACCUCAUACACUAUCGCGCCGUCCACGUUGUUCUACUAUAUUGACACCGAUACCAACGAGCUUAUGACUCUUAAUGCAGAGACCACGCAGAAACACACUGUUGAGCUCUCUGGUACCCUGGCUAUUGCCCGCCGUGAACUAAAAAAAAGGAUCACUUACGACAACUGCUCCACUUCAGAGCAAAGUACGCUCGUCAGUGCCGCUGCUGCAGCUCAGUCAUACUUGAAUAAUUCAUACAGAUACCUCGAUAAGAACACUUCGUCAACCACUCGCUAUACCACAUGGUUUGGCACAUACAAUUCGUCCCGCCACGCAGAGGUCCUCAGCCACUUCUCCAACAUGCUCGAUCACCCCUACGCUAACUACACAUACGAUUGUGGCUGCACUGAAGAAGCCUAUGCCUAUGUAUACGCCGACGACUUCGGUAUCAUUCAUCUCUGUGUUGACUUCUGGGAUGCCCCCCUCACUGGAACUGACUCCAUGGGUGGAACUCUAAUCCACGAGUCUUCCCACUUCACCAUCAUCGCCGGCACCGAAGACUACGUCUACGGCCAGACCGGUGCCGAAUCACUCGCUGAGAGCAAUCCCGACGAAGCCAUCUUCAACGCCGAUAGCCACGAGUAUUUUGCUGAGAACAACCCUUCGCUGGCUUAA